GAUUCUAAUGAAAGAGAUUGUUUAAAGUUUGUAUGGACUAGGUCAUCAAUUAAAUGCCUCAUGAGUACCUACAUCGAAUUUGAGAAAACAUUUGAUAACAGUAGAAAAACAAAAAUUCUAUGGAAUGAAAUUAGUGCAGAACUUAAUAAAUUUGGAUUUUCUGUAACAGGUGAAAUGUGUCAGCGAAAAUGGAGGACACAUACAAACAUACAAAACUAUUAAGAAAAAAAUUCAAAAACUGGUCGUGGUCGGGAUUCUUGGGAAUAUUUUGAUGAGAUGGAGUCUAUCUUUUCUAAGGAUCCUAGCUACACUCCAUUAGCCACUAUAUCAUGUGGCGUUAAGACAGUAGAACGCCACAUUGACGCUUCUCUGUAUUCUAAAGCUACUGGAGCAAGCACAGACUUGAUGCCGCCAAGAUCACCUGAUGAACCAUUAACUAAAAAACAAAAAACAAAUAAAAAAAAAGUAGUUAGUGAUCAUCUUGAAAAAAUAGCUAACCAUAUGGCUGAAUUCAAUGCAAUAUUUAAAAAUUUAGUUCAAACUGAAUCUGAAAAAAAUGAUCUGCUUAAACAGUUAUUAGAUAAGUAAUUUUAAAAUAACCAUUUAAUUCAAAUAUUUCUAUUUCUAUUUAAUAUUUUUUUUAUUUAAAUUUCUAUUUACAUUAUUUUACUAGCUGUAGCUUUA